CACCCCCGCAUCCUGUGACAACCGUGUCCACAGCCAACUCGGUAUCGACCCCGCAUCUGCAGCAGCCGUUUACAUUGCUGGGCCAGAGCCCAAAUGUUCACCAGCCCCGACUACAGCAUGCUGCUCUACCAGCAGCCAAUGUCGUCAGCUGAUCGCUCAAUGACAGUAACCGCCGCCCUUGCAAGCAGCACGAGCGUCAGCCCAAUCGCGCAGCAUGCAUUGGCACCUGCGGCCAGUCACCAGUACCAGAUGCACGGGCAGCUGGAUGGCCAGAUGCGGUACAUGGCAGUGCCCAGCCAGCAGCACCAGCACAUGCAGCACCAGCAGCCCUCGAGCCUGCCCAAGCCCAUUGCACCAAUGCAUAUGGACCGCUUCCGCCAGCCAUCGCAGUCCGGACUGGCCCCAAUGCAGCAGUACAACCCCCAGCAGCACUAUUUCCAUCCGGUCAGCGCCAGUGGUCAGAUGUCCGGAAUGGGGCUUCCUAAUACAAUGCGCCAGGGCAGCUACCCGGGGAUCCACGCUUCCACAGGUGCACAUCUCCCGAGUGGGCAGCAGUCCGUCGCACAGGUCGCCGCUGCAGUGGCUGCCGCGGCUGCCGCGCACACGAUCCCUAUUCCGAAUACGGGCACCGCCGGCCGUCUGGGGAUCAGCGUUGGGAUGGAACACCAGGGUGGCAUUCCUGACAUCAAGUUCUCAGCCAUGGACAUGCAGUCUGUCGCCAGCGAGCAGCCAAUGCCAGACUAUCUGGAGGAUUACACGCAGAGCUACAUGGUCGGCGGUCCCUCGAUUCUUGAGGCCAGCUCGGCCUCGCCCACGGAACAGACGCUGGACCUGGACCUGGUAUCUCGGCUGGACGAGUUGUUUAUGAAGUAUCUAGAACAGAUCUGCUCCAACAACAUCACGGUCGAUUCGGAAGGAGAAUCAAUGUAAGUUUGUGCUGCCGGCUGAGCUCUCACAUGCCAACCGUUUAACAGCCCUCCUGUGCGUCUGUUUGCUCCGCACAGCACUCGCCCAAAAAACCUGCCCUAUGCGGCCCAAUGACGCUCUGCCGCUCUAUGUGCUCCAUUUCCAUCCUCGUGCCCCAACUUCCAAAUCUUGCUUUUCACACGCACACUCA